UCAAAGAAGAGUCAGUGCGAAGAAUUAAAUAUUGAGUCGACACAUUUGAAUGCGGAUGUUUAACAAAUAAACGUGAAACCUUUAAUUUAAAAUAAGUUUCCGAUUUGUAUAUUGUGAAGUUUGGGUCACGCAAGAGGCAGUAAUCAGUUUUAUUCCAGACUAAAGAAAGAAGAACUAAGAUGUCAGACAGCAGCAGCUCAGUCGGUCUGCUGUCAUAUGAAACACUCGUGCAUGCUGUUGCAGGUGCUAUGGGCAGUGUUACGGCAAUGACUGUGUUUUUCCCUCUGGACACAGCCAGAAUAAGACUUCAAGUGGAUGAAAGCCGGAAGUCUAAGUCCACUCCCAUCAUUCUGGCUGAGAUAGCAAAGGAGGAGGGCAUAUCGUCUCUGUAUCGUGGCUGGUUCCCUGUGAUUUCCAGCCUGUGCUGCUCUAACUUUGUUUAUUUCUACACCUUCAACACCUUGAAGAAAGCGAUGGUCUCUGACAGAUCCAGACCUGGCAAAGAUUUGCUCAUGGGCUUCAUAUCAGGAGCCGUUAAUGUUCUCCUGACGACUCCCAUGUGGGUGGUCAACACGCGGCUGAAGCUUCAGGGUGCAAAGUUUAGGAACGAAGAUCUCCAUCAGACCCACUAUAAGGGCAUAUUUGAUGCCUUCUCCCAGAUUAUUGCCAACGAGGGCGUGGGAACUCUGUGGAACGGGACUCUGCCGUCUCUCGUGUUGGUCUUCAACCCUGCGGUUCAGUUCAUGUUUUACGAGGCUAUGAAACGGAAAGCAGGACGUGGAGGCAAAAGGAUAUCAUCACUUGAGAUCUUUCUCAUUGGUGCCAUUGCUAAAGCUAUUGCAACAACCGCAACAUAUCCACUGCAGACGGUUCAGGCUAUACUGAGGUUUGGACAGUAUAAAUCAGAUGGGAAAGGAGGUCUGCCAAGCAGCGUGAGGAAUGUGAUAUCUUUACUAAUGGACCGAAUCAAGAGACAUGGACUGUUAGGGUUAUAUAAAGGUUUAGAGGCGAAGCUUCUCCAGACAGUGUUGACGGCAGCUCUCAUGUUUGUGGUGUAUGAGAAGAUAACGUCUGCCACGUUCAAACUCAUGGGUUUACAGAAAAAACUCAAGCAUUAAAAAACCGAGUUAUGUAAACUAAUAAGACUAAAUACUACCUCUGUAACGCACAGCCUCAAUGAGGAGCUCAACAUAUCUCAUCACGUACUACUCUGAUAUAACAUGGGUUAAUGUAGUAUGAUACCAGUUAAACAAUAUUAGUUUACACUGAAAGCGUUUAUGAAUACAAACAUUUAAUUUUUAACACAUGUUGUUCCUCUUUUAUAAGUUCACUGCAAAAAAUGAUUUAAGAAAAAAAAUUAGUAGCAUUUUGUCUUUUUUUCAGUAAAAAUAUCUAAAAAUUCUUAAAUUAAGAUGCUUAUCCUUGGUGAGCAAAAUGACCCAAGAAAAAUAAGUCUAGUUUUUAGACCAAAAAUAUCAAAUUUAAGUGAUUUUGUGCAUAAAACAAGGAAAAAAAACUGCAUUUUUCUUGAAUUUGUGUUUAUGAUUUAACCUGUUAGCCAGCACUUCUAUUUUUGAGCAUUUUCUGAAAAACGACAGCUCCAAACUAAAACGUCUGCAGCUCUUAAACCCUAUGGUCUAUAUUCAUAAUUCUGGUCUUGUUUGAAACUAGACACUUGACUUAUUGUUGCCUAAUAGUCAUAACAACUCAGAGUAGUAAAGAAACAGAGUAAAACAAGGUAAAAUAUACAUUAAAUGACUUCCGUUUUUCUUUAAAUAACAUUCACUUAGCAAAAAAGGUAUGAAAUGGUCAUGUAAGACACCUGGGGACACCAUAUAGGUAAACUGAAUGUCUGACCAUGCUGUGAUUCAAAUUUGAAAAUGAUACUCCAAAAAAUGUUGUUUCUGUGAGCUUUUAUUUCAAAAAAGUCCAGGCGUCCUUUCAGAAAAAGUGCACUUGGAAACUCCAAAUAGACACAUGAUAACAAAAUGACAUGAUUAUUAAAAGAGAAUGAGUCAGGACUACAUACUACAUGAUGUAUAUCAAUUCAAGAUUUUUUGCUUACCCCAUUGGCAGAUUUUUUGGCUUGUUUUAUGAACAAAAUCACUUAAAUUUGAUAUGUUUGGUCUAAAAACUAGACGUUUUUUCUUGGGUCGUUUUGCUCAUCAAGAAAAAGCAUCUUAAUUUAAGAAUUUUUUGUAUUUUUACUGAAAACAAGACAUAAAUCCUAUUAAAAUUUUUUCUUAAAAUAAUUUUUUGCAGUGUUUCUGGCUGAAUGUGAAAUACAUUUUAAUAUUGUGACAAUUUUAGUUCAAAGCAAAUUAAUAUAACAGGUGUAGUGUUUUGUAAAUUUAUAUUUAUGUGUUGAAGGUUUUUUUCAUACCAUGAAAGCGUUUAGGUUCUUGCCAAGAGUUGCAAAGUAGGAUGAGUGAUAUAAAGCUUUUAAAGGAAAAUGCACUGCAAAAAAUGACUUUCUUAGUAUUUCUGUCUUGUUUUCAGUACAAAUAUCUAAUAAAUUCUUAAAUCAAGAUGCUUUUUAUGAUGGGCAAUUAUAAAAUUUAAGUGAAUUUGUUCUUGAAUUAAGUGUUUAAGUAAAAUGUAAACUUAUUUCAAGAUUUUGUUCUUACCCCAUUGGGAUUUUUCCUUGUUUUAAGCAUAAAUUCACUUAAAUAUGAUAAUUCGAGUUAUUUCUUAAGUCAUUUUGCUCAUCAAGAAAAUACAUUUUGAUUUUUUGAUAUUUGUUCUGAAAACAAGACAAAACUCUUAAAAAUUGCAGUGUGUUUGUCCUUUACGCUCAGUUAUCAAUGCUGUUCAAGCCAGUUUGCAAACAAAAUGUUACACUUAACACAAUACAUUAUAUUUUUUAUUGGUUUAAUUACAUUUGUACAAAAAUGUUUUAUUUAACAUAACAUGAGAGGCAUUUUAAAAACAACAGGGCUCAGAAAUGAAGUCACUGUGAAUUUUUACCUACCAUGCUUGCCUUAAAGGAGACCUAUCAUGCAAAUCAGACUUUUUCCAUGUUUAAAUGUUAUAUUUGGGUCCCCAGUGCUUCUAUCAACCUAGAAUAUGUGAAAAAAUCAACCCAGCAACUUAGUUUUGGUAAACCAUUCUCUGCAAGCAUGUGAAAGCAGGUAAUUGAAAUUUGUCUCCCCUUGUGAUGUCAGAAGGGGAUAAUAUCACCCUUUAAUAAGCACUAUCCAACCACGGCACUGCCCGUUAGUGCAGACAUCAGCUCAUUUGCAUUUGUAGGUGUGCACAUUUUUGCUCACACCUACAAAGUGUAAAUUUUAACAUGUUUAACAUAUAUAUACACUGGGGAACCAACAAUUCAUUUAAUAUCUUAAGAAGUAUUGUGAAAUGUCCCCUUUAACUCUACUUUUUCUGAUACAAGUUACUGAGGUCUUACCUGCUUUAUUUCAUAAAACUAUACUUACAGUAUCUUAAAAAGUAAAACGGUUUACAUACUGUAAUACUCUGUGCAUUAGGUUUCUUUAAUUUAUAGCACGUGUUGUAUUUUAAUUUGUAUAACUUGUGUUUUUUCAUGAUUGUACAUUUUCAGCAUGUUCAAACGAGAUGCAAUAAUAAAAGUUCAUUUGGGAAA